AUGCCACAAACUUCUGAGAAACAAAAACUUGUUAAUUUUAUAAUUGAAGAAGCUGCUUCUAAUAUAUUACUACAUUUGGAUGCAAUUUUUUCUGCUUGGAUAGCCGCCAAUUGUCCAACGGAUGAUUUCGGAGGACGAAUUGACCGUUGGCAUGUUGACACCGGUGUGGAGAUCGGUGCGAUCGGAGAUGCGGCAUUUGAUGGCGCAGCAGGAGAAAAAGGUAAGCAUUGUGAAUUGAAUGUUGUGUGUAUAAUUAAAAAUUUUAAUAUUACAGAAAACAUUUGGAGGAUUCAAGUAUAUUGGGUACAACAAACAAAUAAGAGAUUUUCGACGUGGAUCCUAUCAAUCAAACCAUCAGAAAUUGUGGUACCGUCACCAUCGUCUGGCGGCCAUGCAGAUAUAAUCCAGAAGCUGAAUGCUAUUGAGACCCGUCUCACUGCCAUUGAGAAGUCCCUAACAGACAAAAUGCCAGUGAAGGCCGAGGUGCAGGCGCAAAGUAAAUUAUUGCGCAAAUGCCGCGUCAUAGCGGCAAAGACGCACCAUUCAAUUAGCCGCAUCACCGGUGAUUUGGAGGACGAGCAUUACGUGGAGCUCGCUUCGAAACUGCCCAUGUCAUCGGAAGAGCACGUGCGCUUCGUGGAAGACAAACUUUCCCAAAAGGAAAGCACGGAUGCUAUGAUGCGGCUAAUAUUGAAAUCAAAGGGCGCAAAAGGCAGUGUGGACGGCGUACUUCGUGGUUUGUUUUAAGACGAUGUACCAUUAUUUCCUGACAAGGAUAAAAGCAGUAUAUGUGGGGAGCUCCGGAGAUUUGUGGCCUUAAGCCACAAUCGUUUUAAACAGAAGAAACAUAAACUAAGGGCUAAACUAAUAUAAGUUUUAUUAUUAUUACUUAUAUAUAUUAGUUUUAAGUUGUAAAUAUUAGUUUUAAGUUGUACAUAUUAGUUUUAAGUUGUAUAUAUUAGUUCUAAGUUGAAGUGUCUAAUUUUACUUUUAAAAAUAUGAAUUUUUACAAUUAUAAUUUUUAU